ACAGCUACGUGGCCGAGAAAGAACAAACGAAAUCCAAAGGAGGCCGAGCUGGUUGGCGGGUAAGAGUGAAUAGUCGUAUAAAAGAUAUUUUCCCAUUUGAGAGUGAGAGCAAUGGCCACUCGUUUACCUCUCUUUCUCUGCAACUUUCGCUUCCAACCCCAAACCAAAAGCAAAACCCAUCUCCAACACUUAACCCAUCCUCUUAUUCUCACGACAUUUCCCACAACACCCACCUCCUUUUCUGUCCUCUCUUCCACAAAGAUGGAAGGAAACGAAAUAAUAACAGAGGAAACGAGUGAGAAAUCAGAGGCCAAUCUCAAUGGAAAGAAGAAAAUCUUUGUGGCCGGUGCUACAGGAAGUACAGGCAAAAGAAUUGUUGAGCAAUUGUUGGCCAAAGGUUUUUCGGUUAAAGCCGGUGUUCGGGACUUGGACAAGGCCAAGACAGCGUUUUCCAAGGCCAACCCGGAUCUUCAAAUUGUGAAAGCGGAUGUCACUGAGGGUUCUGCUAAACUGGCUGAAGCUAUAGGCGAUAAUUCUGAGGCUGUCAUUUGUGCCACCGGGUUUAGGCCAGGCUGGGAUUUGUUUGCUCCUUGGAAGGUGGAUAAUUUUGGCACAGUCAACCUUGUUGAAGCGUGUCGUAAACAAAGUGUAAACAGAUUUAUUCUCAUCAGUUCUAUUUUAGUUAAUGGAGCUGCAAUGGGACAGAUACUCAAUCCAGCUUACAUAUUUCUUAACGUUUUCGGACUUACCUUAGUAGCCAAGCUUCAGGCAGAGCAAUAUAUCAGGAAGUCUGGAAUAAACUAUACAAUAAUAAGGCCAGGCGGGUUGAGAAAUGAGCCUCCAACAGGAAAUGUUGUGAUGGAGCCAGAGGACACUCUUUAUGAAGGCACCAUAUCGAGGGAUCAGGUAGCAGAAGUAGCCGUUGAGGCAUUAGAGCAUCCUGAAUCACACUACAAAGUUGUGGAAAUUGUUGCACGCGCUAACGCUCCAAAGCGUUCUUACCAAGAUCUUUUUGGUUCCAUAAAGCAACGGUAACCAUCACAUUUGAAUUCAAAACACUUUUCAGGUGGACAGAUUUUCCAAGUUUCUAGUUGCUUUUAGUGGCAGACAUGUUAUCGCGUGUGGUCCUCUUGGUAUGAUUAUUUCUGUUGCCUGUUGGCAUGAUAAUAUUAUACUUUUUUUUUUUAUGGUUCCGUGUAGACGUAAUAUUACAGGGUAAGCUACUAUUUCCACAGUUUUCCCAUAGCAUGUACGAUAAUAGUCAUGAAAUUCUGUGCAAACGAAUAUACUAAUUUUGUUAUGCUAAUUUGACUUUG